AUGAAGCUUAGCCUGGACGACAAAUUUCCUGUACUCCAAAAUACAAAACUCGGCUGGGUAGUUUCCGGUGGUUACAAGGAGCUUCAAACUCAACCGAUCUCUAACGAACCUUCAUGCCUACUAGUCACUUCGAAUGAAACCUUGUCAGAGCAGCUGCGAUUGUUCUGGGAGCUGGAAGAGUACACCAACACACCUCCUCACUACAGCGAUGAGGAGAUCCGAUGCGAAGAACACUUCGCCAAAUAUACGAAUCGCGACUGCACAGGUAGAUUCGUUGUUCGGCUUCCAUUCUCGGAGAGCCCUGCAGCUCUCGGCAAAUCGCGGGAUAUUGCUGAGAAGAGAAUGCAUCAUCUCAAGCGAAGGCUAGAAAGGUAUCCCAAACUACGAGAACAAUAUCACACGUUCAUACAAGAGUAUAUUGACCUCGGUCAUAUGAGCCUCGCCACGAGUAGUGCUCCAGAUGAAUGCGUGUUCCUUCCACACCAUUGCGCUGUUAAAGAAGGUAGCUCUACGACAAAAUGUAGAGUCGUUUUUGAUGCAUCAGCCAAAACAAGCAACGGCAAAUCGCUCAACGAUAUCCUUAUGACUGGUCCCGUAUUACAAGAUUCUCUGGUGAACAUCCUAUUGCGGUUCCGGUUUCCUUCCGUCGUACUGGCAGGUGACGUUAGGCAAAUGUACCGCAUGGUGCUCCUCUGCAACGAUCAUAGGGACAUUUGCAGAAUAUUGUGGCGCUGGUCUAAGGAGGAACCACUGCUAGAAUAUUGCUUGAAUACCGUAACUUACGGUACUAAAAGUGCAUCGUAUCUAGCGACAAAAUGCGUUCAACAACUUCUGCUUUCGCAUGAGGAAUACUUCCCGAAGACUGUCCAACGAGCCAUCAAGGGCACUUAUGUUGACGAUGUCCUGACCGGCGCUGAAACCAUCGAUGAAGCGAAACAGCUUCGCCAAGAGCUCUGCCAAAUAUUUGCUGCCGGAGGUUUCCACCUGCGGAAAUGGGCUUCAAAUAAGCCUGAAGCCCUCGAAGGAGUACCUGAAGAGGAUCGCGAAAUGAAGAUUCACAUCGACUUCAAUGAACCAAACACAAUCAAGGCCCUCGGAAUCCACUGGAAGCCGUGCAGCGACGAGUUCCGGUUCAGCGUUCAACCACCCAAGAUCCUUCAGCCCACAAAGCGCAUCAUUUUAUCCGAAAUCGCAAGCUUGUUUGACCCGCUUGGCCUCAUCGCGCCGAUCAUCAUCAACGCCAAACUACUGAUGCAGCGUUUGUGGGAACUGAAGGUGGACUGGGAUACUAUUCCCCCUGGUGAGUUGAUUGACAUCUGGCAAAGUUUCGUGCAAAGUCUGGCUCUUCUUAAUUCCUUUCAGAUCCCAAGACGAGUGAUUGGCACAACCAGGACAUCGCAAGUUUUUCUGCACGGCUUCAGUGAUGCAUCCGAGCGGGCCAUGGGUGCAUGUGUGUACAUCCGAACGAUCGACGACGCUGGGAAUCAAAGCCCGCUCCUAUUAUGUGCAAAAUCGAAGGUCGCGCCGAUUGGGAACAAACGCUCAACAUUGCCACGAUUGGAGCUUUGCGCGGCCGUGAUCCUUUCCCGAUUAAUCAGUAAUGUGACAAAGGCCGUGGAACAACCUUUUGACGAGAUUCAAGCUUGGGUCGACUCCAAGGUGGUGCUGGCUUGGCUAAACGGUGGUGCAUCACGCUGGAAGACCUUCGUUGCCAAUCGUGUGGCUGAAAUUUCAACGCAUCUUCCAGCCAUCAUUUGGAACCACAUCGAGUCGGAAAAUAAUCCGGCUGACCUUAUUUCGCGCGGAGCAUCAGCAGAGCAAAUUCAACACAAUAUGUUAUGGUGGAAUGGUCCCACUGGAACCCAGACACCGAUCGUUACAAGUCAACUACCUGCAACGAACUAA